UUCGACGCUGCGCUGAACUGUUCGAGCUUAUCGCUGAAUCCUCUCAACCGAUUUCGAAGAAAACUGGCUCAAUAAACGCCUCGUGAACUCUAGGUGUUUGUUGCUUAUGCGAACCGAUUAACAUCCGUGUGACUCUCUCAUGGAUGAAGAGUGUUGAUAGCCUCUGAGGGCACUUAUCUGUGUGAAGCGGCAGUCUUUUGAGUGAAUUAGCAGGUUAGCCGCGCUCCAUCAUGACGGUGGCGGUGUUUUUCGGCUGUACGUUCAUCGCUUUCGGGCCAGCAGUCGCUUUGUUCGUGUUUACGAUCGCCAGGGACCCGCUGCGUGUGAUCUUCCUCAUAGCAGGGGCUUUCUUCUGGCUGGUGUCUUUGUUGCUGUCCUCUCUUGUGUGGUUCAUCACAGUUCAGAUCAGCAACAAGAACAGUGCCACUCAGCAGACAGGGCUGCUCAUUUUCGGGGUUGUGCUCUCUGUUCUGCUUCAGGAGACUUUCAGAUAUGGUUACUACAGAUUGCUGAAGAAGGCAAACGAAGGCCUGUUGGCGCUCAGUCAGGAGGACACCAUGCCCAUCUCCAUCCGGCAGCUAGCUUAUGUAUCAGGUCUGGGCUUUGGCUUCAUGAGCGGAGCGUUCUCUGUGGUCAACAUACUCUCAGAUUCCUUGGGUCCGGGAACUGUCGGCAUCCAUGGGGACUCUCAACAUUACUUCAUAUCCUCAGCUUUCAUGACUCUGGCCAUUAUCUUGCUGCAUAUGUUCUGGGGGGUGGUUUUCUUCGAGUCGUGUGAACGUCAGAGGUGGUGGGCUCUUGGAGCGGUGGUCCUCAGUCAUCUAGUAGUAUCAUGUGUGACAUUUGUGAACCCACACUAUCAAGGCAGUCUGAUCCCGACCUACAUUAUUCUGUCCGUCAUGGCGGCCUGGGCGUACCUGUGUGCUGGAGGAUCUUUGAGGAACCUCAAACUCUGCCUCACCUGUAAAGAUAAAGACUUCUUGCUUGCCAACCACAGGCCAAGAUAACCCAUCAGCUACAAACUGGACUUUCUCCAAAGACUGGCUUAUUGAGCCAGUGGGCCGAUGACACGGCCAGCAGCCCUGAACUCUGGGAGGCUUAUGGUCUGGGCAGUCUGCAUAAGAAUGGUUGCUGAGUACCGGGAAUUUUAUGUCUGCAGAUCUGGCACUUUCUGUAAUUACCUCCUCUUCUGCUUUCUGUUCUGUACCUCAUGUUCUGUGUGUGAAAUAGACACUGAAACCAUGUCAAAGAGAGAGAGAGAGAGAGAGAGUGUGUUUUAUACUAAUGACUUGUCUAGAGCUGAUUUCAUAUGUGAUUUUCUUCUUUGUAGCAGGUUUUAAAAAAGGUCUUGUAUAGGUUUGGCCUUAGAUUGUUGACUCUCCCCUUUGUCAGACCUUUCCCCUUGUAUUUUAUGUUUAACUGGCCAGUUAGGCUCAAAUGAUCUGCCACUAUCCUGACAUCAGUUUUAGAGCAGAUCUUUAAUUCUCUGCCGAUUAAACCCUGGAGCGUCACGUUGUGGUAUCCUUUUAAUUCAUGUGUUUGUAUGCUUGUCUUUCUAAACACCCUCAUCAACUCUCUCUAGGGCAGCAGUUUAAUUUUCCCAGUGGAACAUAUUUAAAUUGCUUGGGCUUGAAUGAUAAACGCAGCGGCCACUCUUCAUGAAAAUGAAUAAAACCACUACUCUCUGCUACAAGAAGCUCUGGAUGAUUUUAAACACAUAGGUGACUGCUGACCCCAGUGGUAUCUGUUUUAGAUAUCACUUUUAUUGGACUUUCUUGUAAGGUGUAUGAAAUUUUGAUUCACAAUAAAGUAGCUUGAGCUCAAA